CACAUUCAAAAUGGCGGAGUGUGGAGCGAGCGGCAGCGGGAGCAGCGGGGACAGCCUGGACAAGAGCAUCACGCUGCCCCCCGACGAGAUCUUCCGCAACCUGGAGAACGCCAAGCGCUUCGCCAUUGACAUUGGGGGCUCGCUGACCAAGCUGGCCUACUACUCCACCGUGCAGCACAAAGUGGCCAGAGUGCGGUCCUUCGACUACUCGGGCAAGGACGCAGAGCAGGACCACGAGCCGCCCUACGAGGUCUCUGUGCAGGAGGAAGUCACUGCCCGGCUGCACUUCGUCAAGUUCGAGAACACCUACAUCGAAGCCUGCCUGGACUUCAUCAAAGACCACCUCGUCAGCACGGAGACCAAGGUCAUCCAGGCCACCGGGGGCGGGGCCUACAGGUUCAAGGACCUCAUCGAAGAAAAGCUGCAGCUGAGAGUGGACAAGGAGGACGUGAUGACAUGCUUGAUAAAAGGCUGCAACUUCGUGCUGAAGAACAUCCCCCACGAGGCCUUUGUGUAUCAGAAAGAUUCCGACCCCGAGUUCCGAUUCCAGACCAAUCAUCCCAACAUCUUCCCGUAUCUGCUGGUUAACAUCGGUUCUGGAGUCUCUAUUGUGAAGGUGGAGACCGAGGACAGAUUCGAGUGGAUCGGUGGCAGCUCCAUCGGGGGCGGCACCUUCUGGGGACUUGGGGCUCUGCUCACCAAAACAAAGAAGUUCGACGAGCUGCUGCACUUGGCCUCCAAGGGCCAGCACAGGAACGUGGACAUGCUGGUGCAGGACAUCUACGGCGGGGCCCACCAGACCCUGGGGCUGGGCGGCAGCCUCAUCGCCAGCAGCUUCGGGAAGUCGGCCAUGGCCGACAGAGAGUUCUCCAAGGAGGACAUGGCCAAGAGCCUGCUGCACAUGAUCAGCAACGACAUCGGGCAGCUCGCCUGCCUCUACGCCAGGCUGCACGCCCUCGACAGGGUGUACUUCGGCGGCUUCUUCAUCCGCGGCCACCCCGUCACCAUGCGCACCAUCACCUACAGCAUCAACUUCUUCUCCAAGGGGGAGGUCCAGGCGCUGUUUCUGAGACACGAGGGCUACCUGGGAGCCAUCGGAGCGUUUCUUAAAGGAGCAGAACAAGACAACCCUAACCAGUACAGCUGGGGAGAGAACUACGCAGGCAGCUCUGGGCUGAUGAGCUCGUCCCCAGAGCUCUGCCCGACACAGCGGGCCAGGAGCGGCACCUUUGACUUGCUGGAGAUGGACCGGCUGGAGCGGCCACUGGUCAACCUGCCCCUCCUUCUGGACCCUUCUUCCUACGUGCCUGACACGGUUGACUUGACAGACGACGCGCCAGCCCGCAAGUACUGGCUCACCUGCUUCGAGGAGGCCCUGGAUGGGGUGGUGAAGCGUGCCGUGGCCAGCCAGCCGGGCUCAGCAGACGCGGCCGAGAGGGCCGAGAAGUUCCGGCAAAAGUACUGGGGCAAACUGCAGACGCUGCGGCAUCAGCCGUUUGCCUACGGGACCCUAACCGUGCGCAGCCUUUUGGACACGAGGGAGCACUGUUUGAACGAGUUCAACUUCCCAGACCCCUACUCCAAAGUCAAGCAGAAGGAAAAUGGAGUCGCGCUAAAGUGUUUCCCGAGGGUGAUCCGCUGUCUGGACGCCUUGGGCUGGGAGGAGAGGCAGCUGGCCCUGGUGAAGGGGUUGCUGGCGGGGAACGUCUUCGACUGGGGAGCGAAAGCCGUCUCUGACGUUCUCGAAUCUGACCCCCAGUUCGGCUUCGAGGAAGCGAAGAUGAAGCUGCAAGAGCGGCCGUGGCUCGUGGACUCCUACAGCAAGUGGCUUCAGAGGCUGAAGGGGCCCCCUCACAAAUGUGCCUUAAUUUUCGCAGAUAACAGUGGAAUAGACGUCAUUUUGGGAGUCUUCCCCUUUGUCAGGGAGCUUCUCUCUAGAGGGACGGAGGUGAGCGUCCAGGCCGCGGCGGGACCCCUGCCCUGGGCCCUCCACUCGCAGUGGGGUUGGCGCCGUCGUGGCCUCUGUGGGGCAGGUCAUCCUGGCGUGCAACUCGGGACCUGCCUUGAACGACGUCACCUACUGCGAGUCCCUCAUCGUGGCCGAGCGCAUCGCGGCCAUGGACCCCGUCGUCCACUCGGCGCUCAGGGAGGAGAGGCUGCUGCUGACGCAGACGGGUUCCAGCUCCCCGUGUCUGGACCUCAGCCGCCUGGACAAGGGACUGGCCGUGCUGGUCCGGGAGCGAGGCGCGGACCUGGUGGUGAUCGAGGGCAUGGGCCGUGCCGUCCACACCAACUACCACGCGGCCCUGUGCUGCGAGAGCCUCAAGCUGGCCGUCAUCAAGAACUCCUGGCUGGCCGAGCGGCUGGGCGGCCGGCUCUUCAGCGUCAUCUUCAAGUACGAGGUCCCGGCCGAGUGAGGCGCCGGCCCCGCCGGGCAGCUCUGCUCAGCGCUUGUCAGGGACGUGCUCCGACCGCAGCAGGGAAACCGAGUUCCAAGCAGAGCGUUCGUGUCGCACACCUGGGACAGGAGCAGGAGCCAGGCGUGCCCCGGUGCGAGCGUGUGCCGUCAGGUCUCUGUGAUGCUGCCACGUUCGUGCUGGGAGACGCGACUUUUGUCCAGUGAGACAUGCGUAUUGGAAUAUAUUUAACUGUGAAAUAAUCUUUUAUACACACA